AUGGCACUUACAUGUACAGAUAUCUGCAAGUUUUUAUUCGCAAUAUUUUUUCCACCUUUAGGAGUUCUUAUGGAAAAAGGAUGCGGAAAAGGUAUAAGUUUUUAUGAUAUUUUUGUAUUAGAUUUUAAUAUAUUAUGGUAG